UCACUCCCAUAACACCCUUUUUUUUUAAAACAAGAAGAAGAGACCUGUUGGAAAUUUGCUUGUGUUCUUCAGACCAUGAAGAGAUCACUUGGCAGCUCAGAUUCUUUGGGUGCUUUGGUGUCCAUCUGUCCAACUACAGAUGAGCAUAGUCCAAGAAACAACCAUUUAUACAGCGGGGAGUUUCAGUCGAUGUUGGAGGGAUUAGAUGAAGAAGGGUGCCUUGAAGAAUUGGGGCAUGUUUCUGAGAAGAAGAGGAGAUUAAGUGUAGAUCAAGUUAAGGCGUUGGAGAAGAAUUUCGAGGUCGAAAACAAGCUCGACCCCGACAGGAAAGUGAAACUAGCUCAAGAACUGGGGUUGCAACCCAGACAAGUUGCUGUCUGGUUCCAAAACCGCCGUGCUAGGUGGAAGACCAAGCAAUUGGAAAGGGACUACGGUCUUCUCAAAACCAGUUAUGAUACUCUUAAGGCCAAUUAUGAAGCUCUGCAGCUUGAGAAUGAAGCUCUUCUCAAGGAGAUAAGAGAGUUGCAGGCAAAGCAGAGUGGGGAGAGCACUGAAAGCAAUGUUUCCGUGAAAGAGGAGGCGAUUGUGCACGAAGUUGCUGAUGACAAAACACUGGAAAAAAGUGAACCGUCUGAGCCAGCAGAUCUCAACUAUGAGAGCUUCAACCACAGCAAAGGAUCAGUCGGCGCCACCCUUUUCCCGGACAAAGACGGGUCAUCGGACAGUGACUCGAGUGCUAUCUUGAAUGAAGACAUCAUCAACAACAACGCGGUUAUUUCUUCGUUGUUGAUAUCAACAUCUUCUUCACCGUCCUCCAUGGAUUGCUUCAAUUUCUCCAAAACAACAUAUCAACCCCACCAGUAUGUGAAGAUGGAAGAACACAAUUUCUUCACUGCAGAUGACGAAGCUUGCAACUUCUUUUCGGAUGAGCAAGCUCCGAGUCUUCAUUGGUAUUGUCCUGAACAGUGGAGCUAAAGGCAAACAAAAAAAAUCAUGAUGUAUGUAGUUAUGGGUUAUUAUGAAGAUCCGAGAAUUUUGUAAGAUGGGAAUCAUGUAAGAAGUUAAACUACUACCAAGAUCACGAUAUCCGGUAAAAAAA